AAAAAAGGACAAAGUUCACACGAAUUUGGCAAGUGUAUCUAUUUACGGUAAUCAAAUUCGGAGCGUGAGCAGGAAUGGAUCUUGGUGACAACUUAUCCGUCGUAUUUCGCGGGGUGCACGAUUUGCGAUUGGAGAAAUGUCCCAUUCCCGUACCAAGGGAUGACGAGGUUUUGCUGAAGGUGGACUCCGUUGGUAUUUGCGGAUCGGACCUGCACUUGAUGAAGAACGGUUUUCUUGGGUUUUGGGAAAUUAAGCCACCGCUAGUCAUAGGUCACGAAGCUGCAGGUACUGUUUUGGAAGUGGGGAGGAAUGUUACUGAUCUCAAAGAAGGUGAUCGGGUCGUGAUCGACACCUUGCCAAGGUGCGAAAAGUGUACGUGUUGCCGAGAAGGUCGCCAUAACAUUUGCACCCACCCCACCCUUGGCGUUGACACCCAAGUAAAUGGUUGCAUGACACGUUAUUACACUCACCCUGCCAAACUUUGCUACAGGUUACCUACCGCAAUGUCAUUAGAAGAAGCAGCUGUGGUUGAACCUUUGGCAAUUGGGCUGUAUGCUUGCAGACGGGGUAACGUUCGACAAGGCUCCGUUGUUCUAGUCAUAGGCGCCGGAUCUGUUGGAUUACUUACGCUGGCGAUGUCUAAGGCUUGUGGAGCUACCAAAGUCAUCGUUACAGACGUCUCCCAAUGGAGGUUGGACAAGGCCAAAGAGCUUGGGGCGGAUUUCACUCUGAAAGUUGAACCUAAUGAUCCAGAAGAUCUGAUUGUCCGAAGAAUUACGUCUCUCCUAGACGACCGGCCUACCGUCAGUUUUGACUGUGCAGGAUUCCAGUCCACGGCACGCGUCGCUGUUAAAGCGACGGCGAGUGGCGGUACCGUCGUGCUCGUCGGAAUAAGCGGAAAGGUCGACAUGGACCUUCCGGUCCGAGACAUUCUCACCCGAGAGAUCGACAUCCGGGGAUGUUACGCGAACGUCAACGACUUUCAAACUGCAAUAGAAAUGAUUGCGGCGGGAAAGAUCAACGUUAAGACGCUAAUCACCCAUCACUACCAAAUCGAUGAUGCAUUGAAAGCGUUUAAUGUGCUAAAGGACGGUACUGGAAACGCAAUUAAGGUUUUAAUACACCCCAAUUAAAAUCUAAACUGACGCGAUCCAUGAAAGAUGGGCUGUAACAUUUACGUCAAUAAAAUGAGUAGAAUUAA